AUGGCAGAAACCGGCGCACAACGAUCGAGCUUGAAAGAGUUCCUUGCCUCGAUAGCGACCAUCAAGGGAGACCUGAGCAAUAUCACAGCGCCGCCAUUUGUGCUCGCAGACAAGUCUACGACAGAGUUUCCGAGGUACUGGAUUGAGCAGCCUGAACUAUUUUGUGCCCCUGCGCUUGAGCGAGAUCCAGCACGCAGAACACUUGCCGUCUUGAAAUGGUUCCUGGCCAGCCUCAAGGGGCAACAGUAUGCUGGACGAGAUCCCAGCGAAGGUGUGAAGAAGCCACUGAACGCGUUCCUGGGCGAAGUCUUCACCGGUGAAUGUGGUCCCGAGGACGAUCCAACAAAGUUGAUCAGUGAGCAGGUUAGCCACCACCCUCCCGUGACUGCAUGUUAUCUAUGGAACGACAAGCACGGUGUGCGCGCCGAAGGCUAUACUCGCCAGGAGAUCACGUUUUCGGGUUCGGUCAACAUUCAGCAGAUAGGCCAUGCAGUCUUGCACCUGGAUGAGUUCAACGAGGAUUAUAUCGUACCCCUGCCGAACGUCAAAGUCCAGGGCAUUAUCUCUGGCUCGCCCUAUCCGGAACUGACUGGCUCCCACUCGAUCAUUUCUUCCACGCGCUGGGUUGCAGAGGUGGACUUCAGUGGCAAGACUCUGCUUGGCCUCAAAGGCAAGAAGAAUCAGCUGCAUGCUGUCGUAUACAGUGCAGAAGAUCAAAAACAUAAGAAGCCGGUUUUCACAGCCGAAGGCAGUUGGUCGGAAGGUUUCGAGAUCAAAGACGAGUCUGGCCAAGUGAUUGAAUCGUAUGAUGUUGCCGCCGCGCAUUCGAGUGAGUUCCGGGUUCCGCCGCUAGAAAAGCAGGAUGCUUUCGAGUCUCGAAAAGCCUGGAAUGGCGUUAUCAGCUCGAUCACGUCGGGCAACAUGCAGGGUGUAGCAGACAACAAGAGCAAGCUAGAAAAUGCGCAGCGCGAAUUACGCAAGAGGUCCGAGACGAGUGAAGAAUCGUGGAAGCCUCUAUUCUUCAAGAGGGAAACGACGGAACGCGUCGCGGAAAAGCUACUGGGCCAGAUCGGACAAGGUCUAGAAGUAGAGAGCACUUGCGGCGUCUGGAAGUUCAACGGUGAUGCAGCUUCACAGUUACAGAGGCCUUGGAGAGGAACGUUGACGCCUCAUGGGUGA